CUCACUUUAUAGAAUAGCUAGCUAACGCAAUAUUAUCGCAGUUAGCCUGUACAGCCACUCAAAACGCAUUAGACCUUCAUCUUUGAGAAAAGUCUUGGUUGCAGCUGCAGGUAGUAGAGCUUACAAGACGACAACAAAACAUGUAAGGGGCAGGGCAGCUGCACGAGUCGGUCAGUUUCACCAGCUGGACAAGUUAUUGAAAGUUAUUCAUAACGAAGAGGGAGGCGCUGCUUUCGUAUGUUGUUUCAUUAUGUUGUUUCAUCCUACGGUACAUGGGCUUGUGUUUGGCUACAAAGCAUUCAGUAGUCUUUCUUUAAACAUUACGUGUACGUUUCGGUUUGUGUUGUCGAUAACGUUCGUAUAUAACCGGACCAUAUUUAAAUCAAUAAGCUCAGGUCUUAGUCCUUUAAAGACGAUGGUCGAUAGAUUCGAUGCCACAAUUUUAAUCCUUUCCAUUACCGCCUAUACACUUAAACAGAAUUGCACACUACCUUUUAUUGGUACUCUUUCAAACUGCGCAAAGUAAUGUAUAUGUUCAACAGAGGAUUUAAAAUAAAACGCAUUUGCUUAACGACGCUAACAUUUUGCCAUUUGUCAUAAAAACUGUUAUUUUACAUAGCAGUGUCAAUCUAAAUUAAUAAUAUUUACCACAAUGUCUUCUGAACACAAAAACUGUACAGUUGAUUCCUUCUAGAAUCCUGUUUAUUAGCACCUGGCUCUCAGAUGAAAUUGAUAUAUAGCUGUCUUUCUGUUUUUAUGCCCACAAAUUAUUUCACUGACCAGAUGACGAUGCAUCAUUCAGUUCCUUCUGGCCAUGAACUGAAAUUCUUGCCAGCCAUGUAUUCAUUUUCAGGCCCCAAUAGCCUUCCAGAAUUCGAUUUUGGGCCUCCAAAUACACCGGGUCACUUACAGAGACCAACGGUCACGAACAACAGCUGGGAGACUCGUUGCCUCAGGAAACACAGAAGAAGAGUCAAUGAUGAGGGAUGCAGUGCCAAAAAGAGGAGGUUAAUGGUGGACACCGAGGUGGACAUUUCAGAAGACCCAAAUCCCAGCACUCACCAGGUGUGGCCUUCAACGAACAGCUGCUAUUCCCUGUCUGCCAAACAUGUCAGCACUAAACCUCCACAGUCCAGCCCUGGGCCUCAGCCUCUAACUUUACCACAUCCUGCUCCCAUCCUGCACAGAUCUGAAGCAGAGAAUUCCUGUAUGGAGAUAGAGGCAGCUCAGAGAAAAUUGCAGAAGAUCAAAGACAGAAUAACGCUGGAGGAUGAUGAUGAAGAGGAGGAUCUGGAAAUUGAGCCAGCACCAAGACGACCAGUGCUGGUAAUCUCAGACAGUCUGAAGGAGGGUCUUCAGCGCAGCAUCAGUGACAUCCUCCCUCAAAAAGUGGCCAAGUCCAUGAGUCAUUCCUGUAUGGAGUUGGUGCUAUGGCGUCCACCUGAAGACCACUUUUGUCCAAGGCUAAAAGAUGCAUUACAAAAACAGCGUAAACAACAGACAUUAUUGAGGCACCCCCCUGCUCCUUGUCCAUCUCCUAUUCCUCACAGUUUCUUGAGCUCCUCCAGUCCAUCCACAGACACACACUCUCAUCCCUACAGCUUUCCUGUAGCUGACAGCCCUGGAGAGGAGGACAUGGAAAUGUAAUCCUGUUCUAUGAAAUUUAAAAGCCAACCAAAGUAUAAUACAGUCUAAGUCGUAAUACAGUCAUAGCAAAGAAUGACAAAAAACAAACAAACUACAAAGCACUAGGAAACACCUUAGGUUGGUCAGUUUGGCAAGACUCGUGGGAUUUGUUAUCAUUGUACCUUUUUGACGGUGUGAAACACAUAUAUUUUUUUUAUGUUUUGUAUGCAUGUGAUGUGAUGUGCAAGUGUAAUGCUUACCAUUCUAAGCUGUUACAUUAUUUAAAACCACCUGCUGUACCAGUUGUAUAAAUUGUUUGAUAUAUUGACAGCCUUAUAAAGUGUUAUGAAGCUUGCAAAAUUAACCUUUGCUCUUUCUUAUAAUAUUGUUUGCACAGAAUCCUGCUAAUGUCUGGCCAGUAGCACAAAGGUGUAAUGUGAAUCAUUUUGUUGUUAUUCGUACAACAGCAGUGUGCAGCUUUUGAAUAUUAAUGUUUUUUUGGAGCACACAGUAGCUUAAAGCAGUUUUUGCAGUUGUACUUGUGGUUAAAAGAUAAUCAUUAAUAAGCUUGGUUUGGGGCGGUGAAGAGGAAAAGAAGUACUAGAAGUGCAGCUUCUAUCUUUCGAAUGUAUUUUCCUUUUUGUAACUAGAGGUUGAACCAGCCAUGGAGUAUUACAGCUUUGUAUUUGUUUAUAAAUAAACUCUUUAUUUGCCAUGUUAAAA